GACCAUGACCGGCGCGCGGCGGGCAACGGUACCGCGACCGCGGCGUGCGGCGUGCGGCGAGCGGGCCCGCGGGCCCGAGCUCGCUCAGUCGGCUGCGGACUGCGGCCUUCACCGCCAUGGGUCGCUCCUUGCUCAAGACGUGCCACACGUUCGCCACCAACAAUGUUCGAUACGCGACCACCGGCUGCCCGUUUUCGAAACGGCAGCGCUCCCAAAUAGCCCCCACCGCUGAGGUCAGCGAAGAAAUUUUCGCCAACGCCAAACCUUACUCUGAGGUGCCGGGGCCUAAACCGAUCCCGAUUUUAGGGAAUACGUGGCGAAUGGUGCCCGUGAUCGGGCAGUACGAUAUAUCGGAGUUCGCGAAAGUGACGAAGUUGUUCCUGGACAAGUACGGGCGGAUCGUGCGGCUGGGCGGGCUGGUCGGGCGGCCGGACCUGCUGUUCGUGUACGACGCGGACGAGAUCGAGCGGUUGUACCGGCGGGAGGGCCCGACGCCGUUCCGGCCCGCCAUGCCGUGCCUCGUCAAGUACAAGUCGGAGGUCAGGAAGGACUUCUUUGGGGACCUGCCGGGAGUCGUUGGGGUGCACGGCGAGAAAUGGCGUCAGUUCCGCUCGAAGGUGCAGCGCCCGAUCCUCCAGCCGCAGACGGUGAAGAAGUACGUGGCUCCCAUUGAGACCGUCACCGAAGACUUCAUCCAGUACAUGGAGAACGCCCGGGACGAGCAGGGGGACCUGCCGCAUGAGUUCGACAACGACAUACAUCGCUGGUCUUUGGAAUGCAUCGGACGAGUGGCACUGGACACGCGGCUCGGCUGCCUGUCCUCCGAGCUGGCCAAAGACUCGCAGCCGCAGCGCAUCAUAGACGCGGCCAAGUUCGCACUGAGGAACGUCGCGGUGUUGGAGCUCAAGGCGCCCUACUGGCGGUACAUACCCACGCCGCUGUGGACCAAAUACGUUAACAAUAUGAACUUCUUUGUCGAGUUAUGCUCAAAGUACAUAAACGAAGCCCUGGAAAGGCUAAAGACGAAGAAGGUGACUUCGGAGAACGACUUAUCCCUGCUGGAGCGAGUGCUGGCCAGCGAGGGCGACCCCAAGAUCGCCACCAUCAUGGCGCUCGACCUCAUCCUGGUGGGGAUUGACACGAUAUCGAUGGCCGUAUGUUCAAUCCUGUACCAGGCAGCCACGCGCCUGCCGCAGCAGGAGAAGAUGGCGGCCGAGAUCGCGCGAGUGUUCCCCGAUCCUAGCAAACCUAUCAAUUAUGCUGACCUGGACAAGCUGCACUACACCAAGGCUUUCGUUAGAGAAGUUUUUAGGAUGUAUUCAACUGUCAUCGGCAAUGGACGUACUUUGCAAGAAGACGAUGUCAUUUGCGGAUACCAUAUUCCUAAGGGAGUCCAAGUGGUGUUCCCCACCAUAGUGACGGGCAACAUGGAGCAGUUCGUGUCCAACCCCCUGGAGUUCAAGCCCGAGCGCUGGCUGGAGGGCGACGGGCGGCUGCACUCCUUCGCUUCCCUGCCCUACGGCUUCGGAGCCAGGAUCUGCCUCGGCCGGCGCUUCGCGGACCUGGAGAUACAAGUGCUGCUGGCCAAGCUGCUCCGGCGCUACCGGCUGGAGUACCACCACGAGCCGCUGGACUACGCCGUCACGUUCAUGUACGCGCCGGAGGGCCCGCUGCGCCUGCGCAUGCUCCCGCGGUAGACACCACGCGGAUCCAGGGGGCAGGGGGGACAGGGGCCUGGAGCCUGGGCUGCGCACACAUCGACCAUGUGACUCCCCGAGUACGAAGUACGAAGCUGGAUCCGCCCUCGAUAGACACUGCCUCCAACUGCAGGACAAAUCAAACUAUUGCAUCAAGUAUUCUUUGAUUUGUUCUUUAAGUUGUCACAUUAUAAUAUGAAUAAAAUUAUAAACUGAAAUAGAUUCACAUUAAAGUAUAACCUGGCAAAGAAAUAUAGAAAUUAAUAAGUGGAACCAUCGUCGUGUCAUCCAUCAUUUUAAAUCAAUAUGUUUGAUAAAAGGGGACGACACUAUGAUGUUGCCAUUUUUUAUUUUCUAAGUACUCUUUUUCUAAUAAACUGUGAAAGCGACCAAGUCGAGUUUGGAAUCGUACCCGGGACUUAUACUUACGCGGUUAACGUCCUUGCUGUACCACCCCACCGCCAACAUACGCCAAAUACUUUUCUAUUGGAUGAUCUACUGACGACGUGAAAGACGUUAGACGCGUAAUCUCAAUACUUAGGUUCGAUUUCCGGCUCGGCAACUGGCUGUUAGUAGACCUUAUGUACUUGUAAUAAGGCUCACGAAUGGUUUAGUGUGUUGGUUACCCAUACAAUUCUAAUACUUAAGUUAAUGUUAGAGUCAUAUGUGAGUGUGUUUAGUAAAACGUCCCACUUGGUCGGUUACCAUUAAGGCGAGAUAAAUAAAUAAAUAACAACUACGCCAGACCGGUCGCAAAUUUACUUGUAUUUAUAUGAAUAAACUGACAAAGCAGCUUUUUAUAGCAAUCGACAAAGUGGGACGUUUUCUCACACUCACAUAUAAGCUGUAAGCUCACAGUUCAUCGAUGUUCUUAAGAGUUAUAAAUACCGGAGCGGGCAAAUAAUACACUUUAGCCUCUAACUUUUUUGAACAGGAUACCUGAAAUGACUAAAUACAUAUAACUAGGCUAAUAUAGAUACAGAAAAAAGUGCAAUAGAUCACACGUUGUAGUUUGUAAUCAUUAGAUUACAGUAGAUACUUACAUACAUAGGUAUAUAAUCUUUUUAAUAAUGAUUAUAAAAGAUCCACCGAAUACCGAGCCUUAUGUGUUAUCAAUGUCAUCAUACCUCUUUUUACGAUAACAUAGUUAUUAACAUGAAGAAUAAAAAACAUUGUGAUUAUAACCAACCAGAUACUACUUAUAGGGUUUUCAUUUAAUUUUUAAAAUGUUGACUGUGCGACUUGCACGUUCAAUAUAAUCUAUUACAUGUGUGUAAAAAACUAGUUAUAUUUUUUUCAUCUUUAAACGUACCUAAUAAUUUAGAAUAAAAUUAUGUAAAUAAAGUUUCUUUUUACAAGUC